AUUUAAGUUACACCAACCAACCUUGAAUAAAGUAGAAAGAAAAGAAGCAUAAUAAACAAAGUGACGGUUGAAACUUCAGCUUUGGAGUUUGGCAGUCCCCUUCUUUUUCUACACUCUUGCUUUCUCAAUACAGUUGUAAAGAAUACUUAAAUCUCCCCAUCCCUCUUCAUCCACCACCAUAAUAACAAACACCACAUCUUCCCAAUCCCUAAUAAAAAUUAACCCAGACAUGAAGAAGCUCUUGACCUUGUUAUUCAUCCUAACCACUCUCUUGUUGUUCUCUCUCAUCUACAUCCCCACAAAGACAACACAGCCCAUCGCCAUCUUGAAACCAACAACCACUUUCAUCCACCCCAAAAUCAAUCCCUACAAGGCCACCUUCGCCUACCUGAUCUCGGCCUCCUCGGGCGACACAAUGAAGCUGAAGCGCCUCAUGCUCGCCCUCUACCACCCGGCCAACCACUACUUGAUCCACCUAGACGCCUCUGCCCCAGCCGACGACCACCGAGAGAUCGCCCGGUUCGUCUCCAGCAAUGCUGUAUUUGCCCAAGUUGGGAAUGUGUGGAUCGUCAACAAGCCCAAUUUGGUAACAUACAGAGGCCCCACCAUGCUCGCUACAACUCUCCACGCUAUGGCUAUGCUUCUCAGGACUGCCAAAUGGGAUUGGUUUAUCAAUCUCAGCGCCUCUGAUUACCCUUUGCUCACUCAAGAUGAUCUGAUUCACACUUUCUCAAACUUGCCUAAACAUCUCAACUUUGUUCAGCACACUAGCCACUUGGGUUGGAAACUGAAUAAAAGAGGGAAACCGAUUAUAAUAGACCCGGGUUUGUACAGUGCAAAUAAAUCUGAGAUCUGGUGGGCAAUUAAACAAAGAAGUCUGCCGACUGCUUUCAAACUUUAUACUGGGUCAGCAUGGACAAUCCUAUCGAGAUCCUUCUCAGAAUACUGCAUAGCAGGUUGGGACAAUCUCCCACGAAGCCUUCUCCUCUACUACUCUAACUUCGUGUCCUCUCCGGAGGGCUACUUCCAGACAUUGCUAUGCAACUCUGAGGAAUUCAGGAACACCACCGUCAACCACGACCUUCAUUACAUUUCAUGGGAUAUUCCUCCCAAGCAGCACCCUAGGUCCCUUGGUCUUAAAGAUUACAGGAAAAUGGUCCUCAGCAACAGACCCUUUGCUCGCAAGUUUAAGAAGAACGAUCCCGUUCUCAACAAGAUUGACCGCCACCUUCUCAAGAGGGCCAGCCGCCAGUUCUCCCUCGGUGCAUGGUGUCUUCAAGACGGAACCCAAUGCUCCAUGCUGCACGGGGAGAAUUAUGGGCUUUUAAGCCCCGGAUCUGGUUCCAGGAGGUUCAAGAUUCUACUUGACAAGUUGCUUUCUGCUCAAAAUUUUCCUAGAAAACAAUGUAGAUGAUUUGUUUUUUUAUUUUUUGAAAAUGCGAUUCUUAUACACAAGGGAAGGAUGAUGGUGCGGUAUAGUUAACUACAUUCAACAAAGAGGAAUUAAACGAAUCUUGUUAUAAAUCACCAGAUAUUAAACACAGACUUCAUACUA